AUGACGGAUCGGGCCCGCCUGAUCUCGGCCUUUAUUACCCCAUUUGGACUCUUCGAGUGGAAUCGGAUGCCUUUUGGGCUGAAGAAUGCGCCGCAGAUCUACCAGCGGAUGAUCGACAAUGCCCUGUAUGGGUUCACUCGGAUCCCGAAAAUGGCCGGCGAUUUGGAGCGUCUGGAUGUAUUCGAGGCCGGAGAACCUGAAGGUCCGGGCAAACCAUCGGUGUUAGGACGCAGAUCCUAUAUCGACGACAUCUUACUAUGUGACCGAGUCGGUGAUCUUCUGGAGGCGUGCGACAAAUGGAACUUGUCGAUCAGCGUUGUCAAGAGUUUCUGGGGCAUGCCCAACGUGGAAUAUCUCGGUCACAAGGUAUCGCACGACGGACUGGAGGCGAAUCCGAAGGAUCUGUCGGCGCUGACGGAUCUCGAGUUUCCCGGAUCCCUGCGUGCCAUGCAAUCCUUUUUGGGCAGCCUCAACUAUUACAGUCGCUUCAUUGAAGAUUACGCGAUUUUCGCGUCUGUGCUGUACGAGUUGAGGGAGAUCGACUAUGCUGCGAUGGAGAAGGGCAUGAAUCUAGCUAGCACUAGCAUCAGAAUCCCCGGAUCCAGACAUAAUGACCAAGGAUCCGGC